GAGGCUUGUGGAGCACUAUAAUAGGGGAGCUGCUAAGUUAGUCUACUGAGAGGCUCCUUGGCACGCAAAUGAUCGUCUCCAAGUGCCAAUAGCGGGACGGGCUUCCUCCACAAGCGGAGAUGCAAGAGGUGGAGAGGAGGAGGAGGAGGAGAGAAGUGUUCUUAUGCGACCUGCGCAUGGUGUCCUACUCCUUUGGGUGUCAGCUAUGGAGGGAGAGGAUUGCUGGCCUUUGUAUGCCGACCAGUGUUCCUGGUGCCCCCGUCGGCAUCGUUCGUGCGUGGGCACACCGUAGCUCGAGGUCGUGAAGCUGCGGAGGUAACCGAAUGCUUUCGCGGACUCCAGGUGGUGUUUGUAGUGGCAAAAUUGUGGAGAAUGGUGCACUUAGGGUUUAGCUUUGAUGAGCAGGUGGUCUCGUUGCUUCAUCGUAUGGAGUGGACAACGCACGCUGCGUGCACGCCCUCUCGCCUCACGCGGUCCGGAUGAGGAAAGCGGAGAAUUGGUCGUGAACUUUUGUGUAGAUGAGGAAUUGGACUUCCUGUUUCUGAGAUCGUCUCAAAAUGUGGAAGGACGAGAAGACCGAGUACCUACGUAAAAAUCGGGAUUACUCUCGGCUCCUUUCGGGUGAUGAUGUCGAUUCCCGAGGUCGGGACCGUGACAAUGACAGGGGUGGCAAUGACGAUGAUGACGAAGGGAGUCGGAAACGUCAUAGGGACUACCAUGAUCGUCGGAGCAGGCUAAAGGAGCUUGAGCGCCAGAAACUGACUAAAGGGAAAAAUGGAUUUUAUGCCAAUGGCGAUAGGGAGACGGAAUCCAAGAGCCAAAGCAAGGCCAACGGAGGCAGCUCUAGUAAGGCCGAUGCCGGAGCUGGUUCUUCUAAAGACAAGAAGAAGUUACCUUACGAUCGUAGCUUUGGUUCGUUCUUUGGGCCGUCACAACCUGUUGUGGCGAAGAGAAUCAUUGAAGAAGCUCGAGCUCGGCAAGAAGCAGAGAUUGUGGCAGCCAGAGAAGCUAGGGCCAAUAAGGAGGCAGAGCGUAAAAAACAUGCAGCUAGUCUGGCAGCAGGGAAGUCAAGUAAGGACAAGAAGCCAAUGCCCAAGCCGAAGCCCAUAGACGAGGCUGCACUUAAAGCUAAGAAACUGAGAGAGGCUCGUGACUACGCAUUCCUCUUCGAAGAUACUCCCUUGCCUCCGAAAGCAGAGAAAAAGGCUGCUACGUCUGCAAAACCUGGAACUGAUGUGAGGCGUGAGUCUCUCAAAUCAGCACCCAGCGGUACACCAGCUAGAAGACCACCUGUGCCUGUCAAGAGUAGUCAAGGAUCAAGGCCUGGUGACAACAGGCCCUCUUCUUCCAGGCCUCAAGCGAAACCUUCGCAAACGAAACCCUCAACACCUUCUCGGUCUGCAUCUGGGCAAGCUGCUCGUCGCCCUCCUGAUCGAACCGAUCGGUCAGCUCUCGUGAGCAAACACAAGCCAUCGAGUGCAGGAAAGCCGUCGUCGAGCAAGACACACUCGACAGGAUCAGGCCGCCCAGAUCCUAGAAGAGAGGAUUCCAGGAAAGAAGCAACUAUGAGGAAACUUGUGGCUGGGUCACCGACAGCUAAUGGUGGGAAACACAGCUCGUCGGACAGACGUGGACCAGCUGUGAAAGAUUCAGAUCGACGUCUGAGCUCAAGUUCAGCUCAGGCUUCAGACCGGCGACUGUCACAGUCCAAAGACAGACGAGCAAGUAUGGGACAAGCAUCUGAGAGACGUCCGGGAUCUUCACAAGUUUUGAAGAAAGGAAGUCAAGCAAGCGCUUCUGGUAGGUCGCCGGGUGGAGCUGACGCAAGACGACAGUUGCCGGCCUCUCAAGCCGGAAGGCAGAGCUUGCUGUCAAGGCCCGCCGCAAAGCCUGCCGCUAGACCAGUUCCUGCUGGUCACAAGCCGAAAUAUGCCGAUGAUGCUCGACGAGAUCCGCGUAGGGACGAGGCGCGACGAGAUCCGCGACGAGAUGAAGCUCGACGUGAUGAAGUAGGACGCAGGCGAGCACGUAGUCCAAGUGAAGAAUCAGAUGAGCGGCCGCGCAAGAAAGUUGAUGUUAAUCGUAGGAGAGCUCGCAGCCCUAGCGAAGAAUCAGAUGAGCGUCCUCGUAAGAAGUUUAACAACAUUAACAGGAGACGAGACAUGUACGAGGAGGAGGAAGAGGAGGAGGAUGACGACGAUUCAUUCAUCGACGAUGACGAGGAUCAGACGCAAGUUUCAAACAUGAUUCGGAAAAUGUUCCGGUAUGAUCCAAGUAAGUAUCGUGGAGAAGAUGAUCUAGAUGACCGUGCGAUGGAGGUCGGGUUUCGAACUAUUCAAGCGGAAGAGCGGAAAAGUGCUCGAGAGGCGAGGUUGGAAGACGAGCGGGAGUUGGCUUUAAUAGAAGAAGAAGAGAAACAAGAGAGGCUGAGGAAACUGAAGAAGAAGCGCAAGCUGACAGAUAGAUGAUUGAAUUCUACCGAAAAAUUCUUGUUGUUUUAUAAUGAUGGGUCUCAGGGAAGGUGGAAGAAGUGAUAUGGGUAUGGCCAAGGAGAGAAUCAUGUCUGCACAAGUAAAUGAAUCCCAAUAUUCCCGGGGAAAUUUACACGGCCGUCAAUUUACAAGCCUCUGUCACGGGUCUGCAGACUGUGAUGAAGUGGAAGUGGUCCAACAAAUCGUCAAGUACCGGAGAAAAGACCACCUUCAUUUUGUUAGUUUUACUCGAUCAUUUCUCUUCUGUGUAGACGUUAUCAUGUGGGUACAGCCGAGCAGGUUGGAUCAUGUCUGACACUUGAUGAUCUCAAUCGAGAACGCUGGUGUUUUCUCGACAUGUACCGGCAAGGAUGUUAAGACUAGUUGUACCCCUGACAGGAGAUACGUUCUUUCCCUCCCUGUCCGACUCCAUUGUAAGUAUGUUACCACAUGUUCACGAUUAAUGGCCAUCAGUCGGUGUGCUGUUGCUUUGUUGCGCAACGACUUCAAUUGCCAUACCAUGAGUUCCUGAUGGAGCAGUGGACAGUGCCCUGGUCCGAUCGACUGGCGUUCCAUGGUGGAAGUUUUACUGGCCAUGCAUUGUGGAGUUGUUCGCGCGCACGUUCUCCUGGACUGGACUCAGAGGGCUCAGUGUCAUCUGGACAACGCAGAGAUGUUUUAUCCAUCAGGACUAGGGCUUAGGUUUCACUGGGACUCGAGGACAAACCGAGAAGGUUGCUGAUCUUGAAAGCCGAGCUUCUAGCUCUAUGAAAAGCACACAAUUAUAUCUCUAGAACAGACUGGCCCCAACGCGGACGAAGCUCGUAGGUGUCUGGACUCAUAUCUUCAGAAGUUGUAGGACGGAUGUAAUUGGUACAUGCUUCGGUGAUCCCAGUUUCUACGCCAUGAAUGUGCCCUUGGGACUCGAGAGGUUCUUCAAAUGUUACGCGAUUUGCUCAUUGUGGAUUACUCGAAUGUUCUAGACCCCAUUGGACAUGUUUGACAUGGUCACGGUUGAUGCUGAAAUGCGUGUCCGCACAAGUUCAUUACUAAUCUAAAACUGUGUUUUCCUUGACUUCUGCCUCUG